AUGGCAGAGUUGCAAUCUAAACCCGAAACUGCCCCUGAGCAGGCUCUGGUUGUGGUUGAGGUGCCAUCGAACGACGCCGUUGCAACAGAAGAUUCUCGAGCAGAUGAGUCCAAAGCUAUCAUUGUAGCACCCAAGAACACAGAAUUUCCUGCAAAUCAACACAAUUCGAGAGGGUCUAUUGACAGAGAUAUCGCCCUGGCACAAGUAGCGAAAGAGAAACAGAUGUCCUAUGUGAAGGCAUGGGAAGAAAGUGAAAAGGCCAAAGCAGAUAACAAAGCCAAUAAACAUCUCUCGGAGGUAGCUGCUUGGGAAGACAAAAAGAAAGCAGCUCUUGAAGCUGAUUUGAAAAAAGUAGAGGAAAAACUGGAGAAAAAGAAAGCACAAUACCGUGAAAAGAUGAAAAACAAGAUGGCUUUAGUUCACAAGGAAGCAGAGGAGAAGAGGGCAGUGAUUGAAGCCAAGCGUGGUGAAGAGGUUCUCAAGGCAGAGGAAUCUGCAGCAAAAUACCCAACACGGGUACGCUUUCCUGUUGAUCGUUCGAAUCGACAUUUCUCCAAAUACAAACAAAGAUGCAGGUCGUUUUCUAAGAGGUUGAUGAAAAAAAGGGUAUGUACUGGGUUUGGCUAG